AUGUUCUUCCUCGCAGUGGCCGCUUUCAGCUUGCUUCCCUGGUCGGUAGCAGGGAAGAUGGCCGUCGUGCGAACCUUCGCGACCAGUCAGGAGGUCGCGGAUCUGAUGCAGUCCUACACGGAGUGGGAGUCGACCAUGCCGUGCGCAAGUCCUGGCCAGAGCAGCACGGUAGACCUGAUCUUGGUUUACAGCAAGGAUCUCGCCACGGACUCCACGGCCACGGCCGCAGUCCAAUCCUAUGAGUCAGGCUUCGCGCAGAAUGAGCACUGGACCGGCUGCUUCGGAGGCAUCAAAAACUUUUCCGCCAAGCUUGCCCCAGAGGAAGACCACUACGACGACCAGGGCUAUGCAAUGAACAGGCACUGGGUCUCAGGUCCCAACAUGGUGUUUCAGCACGUUGUGGAGGCCAUGUUCUCCGGAGCCUUUGCCGGUGAGUACGACAGCUUCUUCUGGAUGGAGAUGGAUGCCGUUCCUGUGAAGGCAAACUGGCUAGACAAGUUUGUGGAAGAGGCCGCAGAGAUGCCUGCCAUGAACAUGGCCAUCCGUGGCAGCCUCUACGAGGGAGCCAACUGGCAAAUGUUCUCACAUAUGAUGCCAUCCUACUUGCUGAACCACAUCAACGGCAAUGCCAUCUACAACCUGCAGCACCCGUGGACGAAGUUCCUGUUCGACACUUUCACUGCAGAGGGCAAUGCCGACUUGAUUGAGGAGAUGGCCUUCGACACCGUGUACUCAGCCAUCACGGCAGCUGCCAUGGAGGGCUCCAACGUAAUGCUUGCAGCAGCAUGGGCAGCUAGCAACGGCUCGACCAUGACCUACAGCUCUGACACUGAGCUGAUCCGAAACUAUGCCAACACCUUGCUGAACAGCAGCUACGACAUCGGGGCGUACAUUCGCCACGGAUCGAGGCAUAACAUCUUGGAGAGUUUGGCGGGUGACAUGGUCACGCUUGGUGUUCUUUCCAUUGAUGGUCAGAACGACCGCAUGCUGAGCAGCCUGUCAACCAAUCACCCCUUCAAGAAGGUCCUCAUGCUGACGCACUACCCAGUGACGACGUCCACCCAGACCAUCGAGGCGCCAGGCGGCGCUGUGACGCUGACCAUCGAGGAGGCUGAAAGCAGCCCACUCAUGCACAUGUGCGAGGUGGCGGACAAGGUGACGACACCAUGGUUUGCCUUGGCAACCAACCUGCACCACAUCAAUGCGCCGGUGAGUGUGCUCACGAGCAUGGGCGAGCCAGUGAUGCCGUAUCUCCUGGCCACUUCCCCCUACUGCGCCAGUCGUCCUGACUGCAAAGCGGCCUUGGAUCAGGCGGAUGAGCUUUUUGGCAUCUCGCUGAACUACCACCAUGACUCGAACGAGGUGCUCUUUAGAACUUCCGAUGCCACGAGCUUUUGUGCUGCCUGGAUGACUGCCGCUGGCAACAAGACUGUCGAGACUUGCGAAAUGGUCUUCGGGCCCACCGCAGACGACUUCGUGGCUUGGCAGAUUGCCGUGGGCAUGAACGUCACGGGUUUGCCGAAAGACAAGACACGCUAUGGCUGGAGGCCUUGGACGACCCUGUGGGCUCCAAUGCCUGUGGAUGAAAGAAAUUGCUCGACCACCGUCUAUGGUGAAAAGGAGUACCUGGAGUCGCUCGCCUUCAUCCCGAAUUGCAGCGUCUAUGUGGAGAAUGCUUCCGCCUGCGAUGCUGACACCAUGUGUUAUUGGAGGCCCAUGUUCGAGACGGGCAUUUGUGCCACGCAGUCGACGGGCACGAACAUGAUCGUGAACAUCACUGCUGAAUUCAUCCUCGACUCGACCUGGGCUAAUCUACCGGAAGCUUCCGCAGGGGGUGCAGACUUCGCCGGCCUGAAGACGAACAACCUCGAGCUUCGACCGCUGCAAGCACACCAUGGUGAACGCACAGCGGAAACAGCGCGGCUCGGAUCUUCGACCAUGGGGAUGUUCUUCCUCGCAGUGGCCGCUUUCAGCUUGCUUCCCUGGUCGGUAGCAGGGAAGAUGGCCGUCGUGCGAACCUUCGCGACCAGUCAGGAGGUCGCGGAUCUGAUGCAGUCCUACACGGAGUGGGAGUCGACCAUGCCGUGCGCAAGUCCUGGCCAGAGCAGCACGGUAGACCUGAUCUUGGUUUACAGCAAGGAUCUCGCCACGGACUCCACGGCCACGGCCGCAGUCCAAUCCUAUGAGUCAGGCUUCGCGCAGAAUGAGCACUGGACCGGCUGCUUCGGAGGCAUCAAAAACUUUUCCGCCAAGCUUGCCCCAGAGGAAGACCACUACGACGACCAGGGCUAUGCAAUGAACAGGCACUGGGUCUCAGGUCCCAACAUGGUGUUUCAGCACGUUGUGGAGGCCAUGUUCACCGGAGCCUUUGCCGGUGAGUACGACAGCUUCUUCUGGAUGGAGAUGGAUGCCGUUCCUGUGAAGGCAAACUGGCUAGACAAGUUUGUGGAAGAGGCCGCAGAGAUGCCUGCCAUGAACAUGGCCAUCCGUGGCAGCCUCUACGAGGGAGCCAACUGGCAAAUGUUCUCACAUAUGAUGCCAUCCUACUUGCUGAACCACAUCAACGGCAAUGCCAUCUACAACCUGCAGCACCCGUGGACGAAGUUCCUGUUCGACACUUUCACUGCAGAGGGCAAUGCCGACUUGAUUGAGGAGAUGGCCUUCGACACCGUGUACUCAGCCAUCACGGCAGCUGCCAUGGAGGGCUCCAACGUAAUGCUUGCAGCAGCAUGGGCAGCUAGCAACGGCUCGACCAUGACCUACAGCUCUGACACUGAGCUGAUCCGAAACUAUGCCAACACCUUGCUGAACAGCAGCUACGACAUCGGGGCGUACAUUCGCCACGGAUCGAGGCAUAACAUCUUGGAGAGUUUGGCGGGUGACAUGGUCACGCUUGGUGUUCUUUCCAUUGAUGGUCAGAACGACCGCAUGCUGAGCAGCCUGUCAACCAAUCACCCCUUCAAGAAGGUCCUCAUGCUGACGCACUACCCAGUGACGACGUCCACCCAGACCAUCGAGGCGCCAGGCGGCGCUGUGACGCUGACCAUCGAGGAGGCUGAAAGCAGCCCACUCAUGCACAUGUGCGAGGUGGCGGACAAGGUGACGACACCAUGGUUUGCCUUGGCAACCAACCUGCACCACAUCAAUGCGCCGGUGAGUGUGCUCACGAGCAUGGGCGAGCCAGUGAUGCCGUAUCUCCUGGCCACUUCCCCCUACUGCGCCAGUCGUCCUGACUGCAAAGCGGCCUUGGAUCAGGCGGAUGAGCUUUUUGGCAUCUCGCUGAACUACCACCAUGACUCGAACGAGGUGCUCUUUAGAACUUCCGAUGCCACGAGCUUUUGUGCUGCCUGGAUGACUGCCGCUGGCAACAAGACUGUCGAGACUUGCGAAAUGGUCUUCGGGCCCACCGCAGACGACUUCGUGGCUUGGCAGAUUGCCGUGGGCAUGAACGUCACGGGUUUGCCGAAAGACAAGACACGCUAUGGCUGGAGGCCUUGGACGACCCUGUGGGCUCCAAUGCCUGUGGAUGAAAGAAAUUGCUCGACCACCGUCUAUGGUGAAAAGGAGUACCUGGAGUCGCUCGCCUUCAUCCCGAAUUGCAGCGUCUAUGUGGAGAAUGCUUCCGCCUGCGAUGCUGACACCAUGUGUUAUUGGAGGCCCAUGUUCGAGACGGGCAUUUGUGCCACGCAGUCGACGGGCACGAACAUGAUCGUGAACAUCACUGUGCCUCCAACCACAACGACUGAAGAAUAUCUCCCAGAGAUAUCUAAGGCUUGUGGUACUAUGGCCGUUAUCGGUGCAGUUUUGGCUCUGUGCAGGGCUACUAUUGCCUGA